AUGGGAUACGACGAAGCUAUCCUCAAGUUGGGCGACUUUGGGCGCUACCAGAAGAUCAUCUACUUCCUCAUCUGCCUCACGUCCAUACCGGUGGCCUUCCAUAAGCUGGCCGGCGUCUUUCUUCUGGCCAGACCAAACUUCCGCUGCGUGCUGCCCUUCGAGGAUGCAUCGGGUAAUGGAUCCCAGUACGAGCUGCCGCAGCGGCUGUGGGAAAUCUCAUAUCCCCCUGCAGAAGCGUGCGAGUACUACGAUGUGAGUUACAGCGAGGAGUACCUAAACGGCAGCCUGCCGAGAACCACGAACAACACCCUGAGCUGCGACCGGUAUGUGUACGACCAGAGCACGUACCUUAACAGCGCCGUGACCGAGUGGAAUCUCGUCUGCGGACGUGGAUUACUGGCGUCCGCCAGUGACUCUCUCUUCAUGUUCGGUGUGCUGCUGGGCAGCAUAAUCUUUGGUCAGCUGAGCGACAAGUACGGACGCAAGCCGAUCUUCUUUGCCUCGCUGGUUAUCCAGGUGGUCUUUGGAGUCCUGGCCGGACUGGCGCCCGAUUACUUCACCUACACCCUGUCCCGGCUGGUUGUGGGUGCCACCACAUCGGGCGUGUUCCUGGUGGCCUAUGUGAUUGCCAUGGAGAUGGUGGGUCCAGCCAAGCGCCUCUACGCAGGCAUCUUUGUGAUGGUAUUCUUCUCCUUGGGCUACAUGCUGACGGCGGCCUUUGUCUACUUCGUGCACGACUGGCGCUGGCUGCAGAUUUCCCUCUCGCUGCCAGGACUCAUCUUUAUGUGCUACUAUUGGAUCAUUCCGGAAUCCGCCCGCUGGCUGCUCUCGAAGGGCCGCAAGGAGUGCGCGAUUGCCAAUAUGCAGAAGGCGGCGCGAUUCAAUCGUGUGGACAUCACGCCCGAGGUUCUCAGUGAGCUCCUGGACGAAGGCGAAAGUUCGGCGGACAAACAGGUGGAGCUGGAUCCGGCGAAGGAGAAGGAGCCACUGCCGUCCGUGUGGGAUCUGUUCUGCUAUCCCAAUCUGCGCCGCAAGACGCUGCUCAUCUUCCUCGACUGGCUGGUGACCAGCAGCGUCUACUAUGGCCUCUCGUGGAACACGAACACCCUUGGCGGCAAUGUCCUGCUGAACUAUGCCAUCUCUGGCGCCGUCGAGAUCCCAGCCUACAUCUUCCUGUUGCUCACGCUCAACAGGUGGGGCAGGCGCUCCAUCCUCUGCGGCAGCCUGGUGGUGGCUGGCAUCAGCCUGUCGCUCACCGGCGUCAUUCCCCAGCACAUGCAUGUCCUCAUUGUCACAUGCGCAAUGCUGGGCAAGCUGGCCAUCACCGCCUCCUACGGCACUGUGUACAUCUUCUCUGCAGAGCAGUUCCCCACGGUGGUGCGGAACGUGGCGUUGGGCGCCGCCUCGAUGGUUGCCCGGAUUGGCGGAAUGCUGACUCCCUUCCUCGCCCCACUGGCCGGCAUCUGGCGACCCCUGCCGAUGCUCAUCUGCGGCGUGCUCUCUCUGACAGCCGGAUUGCUCUCCCUGCUGCUGCCCGAGACCCACAACAAGCCGAUGCUGGAGACGAUUGCCGACGGCGAGCGUUUCGGCAAGAAGACCAAGGGCGGGCAGUACUUGGAGACGGGCCGCGAGCUGCGAGAGACGCUGGAAGCGCAGCCUCUCAAGGGAUCCCCGGAGAAGGGCCACAAGGCCAACGGUCACGAGGUCUAGGAGUCAGAACUCGCAAAAGAAUAGAGCAAGUAUUAUAUCAUUUCAGAAAUCUCACAAGCAGACCAAAACAGAAACAGAAAACAGAAAGCAAAAUACGAAUGAAAGGAAAUGAAAGGACCAAAUAGAUAAAUUUCUAUGCUGGCAUUUAACCAGGGAGCAGCGGCAUGGGAAGGGAGUGUUUGGUUUCCAUGGAUUAAGGGAUGGCUUAGCAGAUAUCUACCUACAGUGACCUCACCUCCUCCCAUGCCCGCUGUGUAAUUUAUAGCUAAAAUAUAAACAUAAGUACAUACAUUUCCAUGUAUUCCAUGAAUUUGAUUUUGAAAUAAAACUGUUGCACGUUUUCCUAUAGCAA